AUGACUAGUCCAAUGCAUUAUGUUAGGAGAAACAAGUUUCAUGUGUUAUUUUUUGUGAUUUUAUCAAUAGCUACCACAUUGAAUGGAAGUAGCAAUGAGUGCAAUUUCCCUGCCAUAUUUAACUUUGGGGAUUCAAACUCUGAUACUGGUGGUUUAGCUGCUGCUUUUAUACAACCACCACCACCUUAUGGACAGACUUAUUUCAACAGACCUGCAGGAAGAUUCUCUGAUGGUCGACUAAUCAUUGAUUUCAUUGCUAAUAGUUUUGGGCUCCCAUUUCUAAGUCCAUAUCUUGAUUCAUUGGGAGCUAACUACUCAUAUGGAGGAAACUUUGCAACGGCAUCAGCAACAAUCAAACUCCCACCUAUAAUUUUACCUCAAUUGCCUGGACUCAGUCCUUUCUUUCUUGAUAUUCAGUCUGCUCAAUUUACACAGUUCAAAGCUAGGACACAAUUUAUUAAACAACAAGGUGGUGUGUUUGCAAGCUUGAUGCCCAAACAAGAGUAUUUUCAAGAAGCUCUCUAUACAAUUGAUAUUGGUCAAAACGAUCUUAGUGGUGCCUUCUUUCUAGGCAAGACUAUACAACAAGUGAAUGCUGCAGUGCCUGAAAUAGUUAAAAGUUUCUCAAUCAAUGUUAAAGCAUUGUACAUUUUGGGGGCUAGAUCAUUUUGGAUACACAAUACAGGACCACUUGGGUGCAUUCCAUAUAUUUCCCUAGUAUUUAUAUUAGCCCAAAGGGAUCAAUAUGGUUGUGCAAAGCAAUAUAAUGAAGUUGCUCAAAAUUUCAACCAACAAUUGAAGGAAGUUGUAGAUCAACUUCGUGUAGAACUUAUUCAAAGUACAAUCAUAUAUGUAGAUAUUUACUCCGUUAAAUAUUCUCUUUUCAGCAACCCAACAAAAUUUGGAUUUGAGCAACCACUAGUUACAUGUUGUGGCUAUGGAGGAGAGUACAACUACAACACUAGUGCUGGAUGUGGAGAAAGCAUAGAUAUGAAUGGAUCUAGAGUAUUUGUAGGUUCAUGUGAUAAUCGACCUACAAGAGUAAUUUGGGAUGGAAUUCAUUUCACAGAAGCAGCUAAUAAAUAUGUUUUUGAUGAAAUUUCUACUGGGGCUUUCUCAGAUCCACCUAUUCCUUUGAACAUGGCAUGUCAUAAAACUUCCACCUAAGACUAUUCAGAUUUUAUUGUUCAUCGAU